GUGCCAUUUUUGCGUGAAGUUUGUUGUGUGGAUAAAAUUAUUAUUUAGUUGUUGAUAGUGUUGACAUACGUAGAAGCGGUAUUUUGAAAUAUUGUUGGAUUAAACUGCAGUGUCAGAGAAGCAGUGAUCUCAUUCUUCUGUACUUCAGAAGAUCACAAGAAAUCCAAAAAUUUAACCAUAGACACCAUAAUGGACGACACAAUAAGAGAACCAGAAGAUCAUUUCAUAAGAUUCGGGCCAGAAGUUGUUGAAGAAAUCAGAAGAGAAUACAACCUUGAUAAGAAAGAAGUUCGAGAAGAAUCUAUCGCUAUUAUAGAGAAAUGGUUGAAAUCGCAGGAUCAUUUAGUAAAGAAAGAUUUUAGUAAAGCGUACAUAGAGCGAUGUAUAGUUACAAGCAAGAGUUCCUUAGAAAGGACGAAGAAACAGAUUGACAAGAUGGCAACGUUCAAAACAUUAGUUCCAAAGUACUUCCAAGUUACUAACAUUCUUGACAGUGAUGUAACUCCUAUUUUAGAUACAGGAUAUCUGACUCUUCUACCAACACUUACCAAAGAGUACCACAGAGUGUCUGUACUUAAACUAAAGUCAACUGUAGAUGUCAAGUCUUCACAUUUUGUCCAGCUCUUCAAAGUUAUUGUAGUUGCAGCAGAAUAUUUGAAAUCGCACGAUUACUGCAGGGGCUACGUGCUUGUAUGUGACUUAAUGGAUGCUAAUACAGCCGAUGUACUCUCGAAACUUAAUUUAGUUGAGUUGCAGCAGUUUUUACCGAUACUUACCGAAGGAUACGGAACAAAAAUAAAAGGGAUCAUAUUCUUAACCAGUUCGAAAUUCAUCGAUGGUUUCAUAAAGAUAAUAAAGCCGUUCUUCUCUGAGAAGAUAGCUAAUCGAUUACACGUGGCCCCAACUUUGGAAGCGUUGAGAGAAUUAUUGUCAGAAGACAUUCUUCCAGAAGAAUACGGUGGGAAGGGGCCUUCGUUAGCUGCUUUGCAUGAAAAACUGGUCAAGCAAUUGAGCUCGGAAAAACACCAAGCCCUAAUGAAAGAGAUGAACACAGCUCGCACUGACGAGACGAAGCGACAGCGGGAUAAAUUUAAUGAGCAAUACAUGGGGAUGCCUGGUACAUUUAGAACCUUAAGCUUGGAUUAAAUUAAAGAUUACAUUGUGG